GUGAGAAGCUGACCGAGGUGCAAGCGACGCUGUCGCGCACGGAACAAGACCUGGCUCGCGAGCGGCAGGAGAACGUGGUCCUGCGUGCUAAGGCCAAGGAUGAUGCGACCCAAGUUGCCUACGUCCUCGAGAAGAUGAAGGUUGUAGCUGCGCUGCAAGAGGGCUUGCGUGCAUCCAUUGGCAACGCUGGACUCGAUAUUGGCCGCACCGACCAGCACGUCCGCGACCUGGAUGUACGGCAGCUGGGCCAGGAGCGAGAGGUGGGCGACGCCAAUGCCUCACUGCGGGACUUGGGCGCCGCCAAGGACGAG